AUGGUGUUUUCUCCGAGAACAACUUUCUUUGACAUCAUCCACUAUGAGCCAGAAGAGGAGGAGUUGGAGCUACCAGAGGGAAAGUCUCUGCCGCAUUUCGAUUACUAUGAGAAGCUUCGCCGAAAUCGAUUCAUCCCCUCUGUUGUCUACGAGAACUCCAGUAUCGUCGGUAUCCCAGCUCAUGUCACUCCUCUCGGCAACAGUAAGAAUGGUAUGACAUCGAUUCGAUUGGCUCAUAUAGCCAGCGUGAUGGCCGUGACCAAUCCCAUCUACUGGAGAAUCGAUCCCAUCUGGAACAAUGUCCAGGCCGCUGCGGUGUUGGCACUCAAACAUCUCAACGAACGGAGUGGUCGCAUAAUUCAUGAUCUCCCCGAACGAAUGCAAGCCUGUCCCGACUUGUUCUUUACCAUGGAUCUCUACGACUCUUUAUUCAGUCCCAUCCAUGCUGCACGACAAUUCACGGGUCGCAUUGUCAAUCGACAACACUCCCUGGCCACUCCACUUCCCAUGGCUCUGUCGGGAGCCACACGCAGUGAAGUUUCCGAAACAUUGGCCACAUUGGCCGGUGUGAUGGGAAUCCCACAAGUCUCUCCCGUUUCCUCCUCAGAUUCCCUCGACAAUAAAAGUGUCUUUCCCCUCUUUUGUCGCACCACAUCCUCCAAUCAAGGCAUGGCCCGAGGAUUGGCCGCUCUGGUCCAUAACUGGGGCAGUGACAAGGACAGCAGCAAUAGCAAUCUCCAUGUGGCCAUUCUCUAUGCACGCAACACGGUGGGAUUGUCCCAUCACAAACACUUUUCCAAUGCCGCACGAAGCAUGGGGAUGCACGUGUUUGGAGCGCCCUAUGAAAUCAAUAAUCCAGCAUCACUCGACAAGGCCAUUCAGAGUGUCAUUGAUUCGGGAUACCGCUACAUUUCCUUGGCUCCCGAGUUGGGAGGAUUUGCUGGCAUGGCACAACGUGCCUAUGAGUUGGGGUUGGGAGGCAGUGGCCAGAGCCAAGAGUAUGUCUUUUUGUUAUCGGAAACCAACAUGGAAAUCAUUAGUGCUGGCUAUGCACUCCCACAGGCAACCCAUUAUGGAGCAGCAUCUCUACUGAAUGGAUCUUCCAUGGUCCUGGUAUCCUUUCCUCCCAGCCAAGAUUAUCAAGAUGCCAUGCAGGAAGACUUUUUGGAUAAUCCACAUGUCAUGGACUAUUACAUCCAAAAGCAUCCCUCCCAACAACUCUUUCUGCAGGAAGCCUUUAGCUUUGAUCCCAUACACGAUGCAUUGCGCAACAACUUUGCUGGGGCUUUGCAGUAUUCCCAGUACGAUGUUAUCAUGGCAUUAGGACUGGCAGCCUGUCAAAUGGAAGAUCCAUUCUUUACUGGCCAGCAACUCUUUCAAGCCAUCAAAAACUUGACCUUUACAGGACUGACCACAAACAUCAAAUUCAUGAAUGAGACUUGCUCUAGAGACAUGACCACAUUGCAAUACGCAGCCUACAACUUUGUGGCCAAACCAGUGGAUGACAAUGGCUUGAUUCGAUUCGACACCAUUACCAAUGCCCACAUCCACUUGUAUGCCAACACCACUACGGGCAAAGUCCACGAGGUGGUGGAAAUCUUGGCUCCCUACACCUACCGAGAUGGUACGGGCAAUCCUCCAGCAAGUAUCCCUCCUGUACACAUGGAAAUGAACCAUGUUUCUCUAGGAGUGCAGAUUCUGGGCUGGAUCUUGGCGGCUUUGGUCAUCAUCCUGGCCGUGUCCUUGGCCGGUUGGACCUUUCUCCGACGCAACACACAAGUGGUCAAACAGAGACAGCCCAUUUUUCUGUGGGUGUGCUGCAUGGGUGCUAUUCUCAUGGCAGCGGCCAUUAUCCCCAUGAGCCUCCAAGAGCCUGUGGAGAACUUGGAUGCUGUCUGCAUGUCCACGGUAUGGCUCAUUUCCGUGGGCUUUUCCACCGCCUUUGCAGCAUUGAGCUCCAAGACAUGGCGAGUGAACACAAUCUUUCGACAUGCCCAGCGAUUCCGUCGCAUACAAGUGAGAAAUCGUGAUGUUUCCCUGCCGGUGGUUGUAAUCCUGGUCAUCAAUUUGACUCUGCUCUGUGCCAUGCAAGUAGCAGCACCGCUGGUAUGGGAACGUGUCGUGGUUCAAAACUUUGAUCGAUAUGGUCGAGUCCAGGAAUCGUAUGGGACCUGUUCGGCUUCGAGUUCCACUACCCAGUGGCUAUUAGGAUCCAUCUUUUUCCUCAACUUUGCCGCCGUGUUGUUGUCCAACAUCCAAAUCUAUCUGUCCCGCAAUUUGCCAGACGAUCUGAGUGAAUGCAAGGAAGUGGCCUUUUCCAUGUUGAUGCUGUUGGAAGUGUGCUUGGUGGGCAUUCCAGUUCUCGCAGUGGUCCACGAUGUGCCGACGGUCCGGUUUCUGAUUGCCAGCUUGAUCAUUUUUGUGGUGUGCCUUGCCAUUUGGGUACCACAGCUGCCCAAAAACCAGAAAGAUCGACAACGAGUGUUCAAGGCCAGUCACGUUGCCAAAAGCUCCGACGCAACGGAUUAUCGUACCGGUAUCCCCUCCUCUUCCGUACGAUCAUCCGAACGCAAUCCUCGGAACGGUGGGGACGUUUCAUCCUCCCGGACAGGUGGUGCCAGCAGGGGCAGGGCAGGGGUAAAGGAAUCCAACAAGAGAUGGCAAGAAGAGAAGGAGGCGGAAGAAACAGAGAACCAUGAAAUGAUUCUGUAG